AUGUUCAUCCACUCCAAGCACCAGAAGCUCAUUCUACAGUGCUACCCGCCCGGAAAGGGCGUCGACAAGAAGCCCAACCCGUCAGAGCUCUCGUACCUUCUCUACUACGCCUCCACCCGCCGUGUCAAGCUUGAGAAGGUCGCCAACUUCUUAGAGAAACGCAACCAGUCCGACGUCAGCCGCAACCGUGCCGGCAACCUCCAGGUCACCUUGGCCAUUCUUGCUGCGUUGAUCGACAAGUGCUCCGACGACUUGAAUGUCUUUGCAUCGCAUGUUUGCACCAUUCUCCACCGGAUUGCCCACAUCGAAGACUUGGCCUUGGCCAAGAGUGUGUUGAGCACCUACGGCGUGUUCUGCCACAACCUCAACAAUGCGUUAUUCCCCGGUGACGGGGUGUUUAUGGACCUCUUCUCCAAGUUGUCCGAGUCGUUGGUGGCCAUUGGCAUGGCAAACUCCAAGGCCCAGACUCCCCACCAGUUGGAGUGGAAAAUGACCGCCUUGAUGGCCUCCAGACACCUCGCCAACUGCAUUGGCCACGAUGCUGCCUACGCUAAACGCUUCAUUGGCCUCUCGAUCCCCGUCUACAUCCAAACCAUCCACAGCGCCUGUAGCCAGAGAUCGUUGGAGAACAGACUCAACGCCAGUGUCAAUGUUGAGACCGGUGGCGAACGUCUCUCCAAGGUCGCCCUGACCAGGCAGAACCAGGAGAUCUACAAGCACAUCGAUGAGGACUUUGACAACGACGCCUUGACCGCAGAUGACAUCACUGAGGAGGCAUUUAGAGGCAUCAAGGCCUUCUUCAACACCUCUGCAACCACCCAGAUCGCAGAAGUUACCCAGGCAGUCAUCAACUACUGCCACGAGUCGGUUGUUGAACAAUCUUGGGGCACCACCUUCUUGGAAAUGUGCACCACCUGGGUUCCUGUCCAGUUACGUUUUGUCACUUUGAGAACGCUUCUCUCUCGCCUUUCAACCAUCGCCCACUCGGCAACACAAAAGCUGCCCAAAUAUGACACCCAAAGUCAGUAUGCCAACUAUGUUCUUGGCCUCGUUUCCUCGGAUGUCAAUAUGAUAGGUCUUUCAAUCUCUGAUCUCAUACAACAAAUCUUAUCGUUGCAGUCAGGGUUGAUCAUUCACCAGUCCAAAUUCUUGAAAGUGGAAGACGUUGACAGAUUAUCAAUGGUGUACUCGAAUUGUAUCUGUAACUUGUCCACGCAUAUCUAUUACUUUGAUCAAGUUCCAGACUCUAUCCAGGAGAUCUUGAUAAAGAUUGACUCUGUGUUGGAAUUUUCCUUCUCCACUGAAGUUGGUGAAGCUAAGAUUUCUGGUGAUAAAAUACACAAACUAGUUAUUACAUUGUUGGAAAACAUUUCCAUCAUGUUCAACCUUUUGCAGAAAAACACAAGUACAAUUAGCAGAAACCAUGUUAACUUGGAGCAUUGGGAUAUCAGUUUGGCAAUUUUGGCAAUUGAUUCUGAAUUCUCCAAUCAAAAGUCUCAUUCUUCGUUGACUAUUUCUCAGAAGAAUGAAAUCCAAAGGAAGUACCUCAAGGUUUUUAGAAACUUUUUGAACAACGAACUUGUGAAAGAAUCCGACUCACGAGACUCUAGUGAACCACCUGCUUCAGAGCCACCAGUCAAUUUCAAUGAUGACAAUAAAAACUAUGCUAUCCCAGAUGCAAACCAGUAUAUCACCAUUAAUGAUAACUUCAUUAGUCAUUUCUUGAUCUACGUUGACAAAUUUUUUAACACGACUGAGUUUCCAAACAUUGAAAACGCGUCACUUUUGACUGAAAUCAUGAAAGAUAUGUUGAGUGUGCUUGGAGUGAAUUUUGUCAGCAAUUUCCUUCCCUUUUUCUACCACUGGAUGUUCCAAUUUUCAAAGGUGAAUGAAUUCACUCAGACUACUAAGUUUAAGGAUAGUAUUGGACAUGUGAUAAUGUAUCACAGUUUAAAAUCCUUAGAUGAGAUGUAUCCUGAUGAGUUGGAAGACUAUGCAUGUUCAUCAACGUUCUACAGUAACUUAUUGGUUGAUAUUGAGUUUAGAAAAUUGAACAAGGUUUGGAUUCAAGAUAUUGAUGGGGAACCCACGGAUGAAGAGCUUUUGCAAAAUUCCAGAAUUCACGGUAGCCACACCGAUGAAGAUGGUAUUUUGAGAUUCAAUGAAUCAAAGAAGGCGCUCCAAGAUUUCGUGGCAGGAAACAGUUUCACUUCGAAAUGGAUUAAUCCUAACAGACCAUUGCAAUUGAGCUUGGGCAGCGAACCACACAUCAGUAGUCUCAAUGGUCCUUUCAGUGCUAGCGAAAGUACCAACGGUACCAUCGGACCAAUCAACGGAAACGGGGUAGCAGAAUCUGCAUCAAUCAAUGAUCAAGCAACUGCCAACUACUCGUUCAGAAACCAUAAUACCACGUUAGGUCUUGGAAAUGUUAACGACAUUACUUCUAUUCAUUCAGAAAUCCACAACCAUAGAGCUAAUGUGUUGAACAACGGAGGAGCUCAUGGAUUAUUGGGAAGCCUUUUGGCGCAUGAUCAUGCCUCCGAGGUUGAGCCUAAGUAUUACAACUUGCCUAAGGUGUCUGACUUGAAGGACUCAAUGUUGGAGCACAAGUCUCUCAGAAUGCCUUCGUUUAACCCUGACGCUGUUUCUUUGUCAACUGGUCCGGGAUCAGUUCUCAACAGACAGAUGGUGACCUCCGAUAUGGACUCUAUUUUGGGAGGUUUGGACAGCGACGAUGACACUGCCAUCGUUGUAUGA